AUGGAUGGAGACAGUACCGACCAUGCUUAUACAACAGAAAAAGUAGUUGAGCUAUUUGCGAGACUCAUACGGGGCGUUUGUGAGGAUGCUGGUUUUAGCAAAACGCAAGUGAAGGAAUAUCUUUGUCGUCAAGAAUGUCUCAAACAGUUGGAUUUGUUUAUACACGGUGAAGAGACUGGUGAAUUUAAAGUUGCUUACGUUUUGACGGGGUCGACGCCAGAUCAGCUACAUUUUUGUGUAGAAUUGACAAAUAUUAACCCGAAUGUCAAAACGCUACCGCAUUCCGUGACGGCGUUGGUGAAAAACGUUCGUAACAUAGACUUGGAUAGUCCUUUGAAAGACCAACUAAGCAUUAUAUCUCUUCCUGCACCAGUGAAUGUUCAGGCAUUGUCCACAUUGAUAUCGGAGGGGCUGGCAUCAUUGCUUGAUAUACUUGUGCAUUUUGACAGGAAAGAUGAAUUCUCUUCAGCUAAUGUUAUUAAUACAAAGCAAAAGCUAGACGAUGUGUCUACUGGACUGCAGAAUAUCAAAAACAAUAUUGACAAACCUGAUAUCUUAGGGCAUGUAGAACCGAUCAUUAGCUCUGCUGUUUCUAAAGGAGCUACAAAAGAAACAGUAAACAACUUUCUAAAAGACGAGAUAUUUUACGAUACCACAUUCUUGAAUAAUUUGCAGACCAUUUACAAUCAAUGGGUGAAAGAUACUCGGAAACUUCGAACUUUUGAGCCCCCCUUACCAUUUGACAAAACCUUGAUUGAAGUGCAAAACUGGUCAAAUUUAGAGAACGUCAUCAAAGAAACUACCUCUCAAUUGCAAGGUGAGGAGGUGGAAAUUAUUUGCAAAAUCCUUUCAGAUGCCAAACGAAUAAAACCAACUUUUUCUUUUCUUGGAGAUACAAAGUUAAAGGAAAGAUGGGAUGAGGUAAUGGACCAUAAUUCAUUUCUUUCACACAUACCAAUUUCUGAGCUACUUACAUGUUCAAGUAUUACUGAGCUGUCGGAGUGCGCUGAAAAUAUCUCGUCUGGACUAAGAACAUAUAGACUAUCAAAAUACAGUAUCGAGAGAUUUUUCUGUCUGCUUCAAUGCAUAACUUCUGAGAUCCUAAGCCAAAUGCUCAAUAUUACCCCUAAUCUCUUUAGAUUACCUGGUGGUGAAUUCCAAGGGGUCAUUAAUUGUAUGUUUGAAGUGAUAACUCAAUGGAACAAUGUAUUGAAGGAAAUUUUGAUUCAACUACGAGAGGUUGUAAGAAGAAGGCAACUCGAUGCUGAACUUCCAGUAACCCUCGAUCAUUUAACAGAAAAUAUCAAAAAUAAACUCAAGCAAGCAGAAAAGCUAUUGAAGCAACGAGAUAUCAUGAAAGCUGCUGUGCACAAUAUCGGAAUCACCGACUCAACUUCAAAAAUUGAGCAGGUGUUUCAGCCAAUCACCGUACUAAAUCUUCCCGAUAUACUUGAUGAUGAUGUCUGGGAUAGUUCUUCACAAGAUUAUUACAAGAAAUUUUUGGAUUUAGAAUUCGUUUUUAAUAUUGGUGUCUUGGGGAUAGUUUACGAAGUGUAUCUUCUGAUUAAGGUUUUGAGCGAGACUAUCAAAUACAAACCUUUAAUGGCAUUCAGUCCUCGAAUUAAAUCAAAGGUGAAGGAACUGCAAUACAUUGUAUUGAACUCUACGAAACUUGAAAUACUUUCACUAGAGAAACAACUUAUAAACCAAACACACUGUAUUGACACUGAACUGCAAAAGAAUGUCCCAAAUGUAGCGGCCACAAUAUCUGAAUUUGAUCAGUAUCAUAAAGUAAUUGAUAGAAUUACAUCACAGGUACAGAUGAUCCUCGGUCUUAACUGGGGAGAAUAUCCUGACGGAGCAAUCAUUGAAAAAUGUUGCCGGGAUAUCAAAAAAAGAACGAAUAUAGACGAUAUCAUUGGGAAUUGGCUUAAAACAGCGACCUUCAGUAAUACAGACAACGAAAGCCCACAGCUAUUAAAAAUAGUAACAGAAAGAAGCGGUUCUUAUUCAAUAUCCGUCAAAGUUGAGCGAAACGGCAUCCAAAUCAUACAAAAUACGAGAUGCCUAAUCUCAAUGGGGUAUGAGUUACCAACUGAAAUUAUGCGCAGGGUCAAAAACCAUAAAGAACUGUAUGCAUAUGCUUCACAUAUCAGUGAACUGAUACAAACGUUUUUAGAGGUGUGCGACGAUAUCUUGAAACAUCGUUAUUCUUCCAUACUAAUACUCAGCGCAACAAACGUGAUCUGGGACGAUAUAAAAGUUUUGAUGACUGAACAAUGGAAUGGAUCAGACACAAAGAGAAACCAAGCUUUUGUCAACAGAUUCGAUCAUAAUAUCACCGAGUUAACUGAAAAGUCCCGAGAAUUAAAGACAAUUGACCUUGAAUUUUCCGAACAAUUUGAAAAACUGAAAAGUUUACCGUUCAAUAUAGAGCAGUCUGCCUGUUUUGUAUCCAAUAUUCAAGGCAUAGUGAAUAAAAUUGAAAAAUCUGAUUCAGUAGACGCAAAAAAGCUUGUGAAUAAUUUGAAUUCAAUGCUGAUUAGAACAAUAAUUGCAAAUGUGAAGCAAAACAUUUCAUUUAUACUUAUGAAGCAAACUAAAUUUUCCAUAAAGUAUACCAAUAAAAAUAUUUUCUGCCAGCCAACGAUAAGUGAAAUACGGCGACUCUGGAUUAUUACCAUCGAAGAUUUUAUUACUGAUCUCUCAACAUUCAAACUACUGGGCGGUAAGUACACUAAAGACAAUGCCCAGUUUAGUCUAGCUGUAGUUAGGCGAAGCUUAACUGACGAUUUUAACAAUGUGUUAAAAGCAAUUGGAAUACUAUGCAAUGAAGCUAGUGAUUACUUGCGACAAUGGAGAAGCACAGAAAAGUUGUUAACUUUUAAUGAGUAUACUUUUAAAACACACUUCGAAAUGACUCUAGUUACUGGAUGUUCUUUGUUGGAACACGUACUAGCUUCCAAAAAUGCUAUCGAAAUGCUGGCCAAAACCACUAAUAUCCGAGGCAUUAUACAGUUCGAUGUUAAUGAAGUAUACACCUUUGUGUCAACCAAAUAUGAUUAUUGGGUGGCCUUUAUCCUUGAACCGCUACAGGAUUUGUACACCAAAGAUGUUUCAUUAUUUCUUGAGGAGUUAAGCACAGAACGAUCAAUAUUGGAGGAAAAUUCGGAUAACUGCAAAGUCCUCCAAAUUGUUGGAAAAUCGGUUGAGAUCAUAAAUAAAAAUCAGAAACUGAAGAAGGAUAGGGAAUUAAAAUGCAGCCUAUUUUUAAAAUUCCAACAACUUCUGUCAAAAACUAAUUCCAGAUUCCCUAGCAACUUUAUCUACUACGAUCAGAUUGAAGGUGCUUGCUGUAUGCUGGAUCAGAGUAUUGUCCGUCAAACACAUUUUUUAGAAAACAAUAAAGACGAGAUUUUACAAACUAUAACAUCCACUGCAAGUAAUCUAAUGGAACUGAGAAAUACAUUUGUGGAAGAUUGGGUUGAGCUGAAAAAGGAGAUGGAUUCCUUUGAGCCACACAAAGCACUACAUUGCAUUUCAUUGCGUAAACUCGAAUUACAGGAAAUGGGUGCUUCGUUGACAUUGAUUAAAGAAACAGCUGAGCUACUUAACCUUCCUUUGCCCUUAGACAUUUCCUUUGAUGGUUUACUAAAUGAGGUUAGAAUAUUUAAAGACGUCUGGAUGAGCAUUAGGAAGAUGUGGGAAGAGAUAAACGAUCAGUUACAGACCAAAUGGGGUAAUGUAUCUAUACCAUAUACCAUCCAAUUGCUGCAACGAGUUUCCCAUAACCUGAAACAAUUAACUGGGUUAUCUAGCGGCUCCUCCGUAGUGGCUAGUUUGACCAAAAGGGUGUUCGAUAUUUUAGACACCCGGGAUAUUUUGGAGCUUCUUAAGGGUCCUUCAAUAAAGUCCAGGCACUGGAAAAUUUUAUUUCGUGAUUUCAGUUUUGGUUCCAGGACAGAUGAUUACAUUUUGAAAGACGAGGCUUUCUCUUUCCGUGAAGUUUUGGGUCUGCGCCUCGCAACCAACAGAAAUGCCAUUAUGACUGUGAUUGAAAAUUCUGAAAAAGAGUAUGUUAUAGAGAAAUCAUUAUCGAGAAUGCAAAAGUACUGGGAGAAAACAAUGCUCAUUUGCAAAGUUCAUCCUUCUGGUCUGAAACUUGUGGGUCAAUGGUCUGAUAUACAAGAAUCGUGUAAAGAGGGCCUAGAGGAACUAUCUUCCAUUAGAAAUUCACCGUAUAGCAAAUUAUUCGAAACCUCUCGUUUAGAGUGGGAGACCAAAUUGAAUUUGUUUUUGAGCAUUUCUUUAACUUGGAUGGACGCUCAAUCUUUUUGGUUGGAUCUCUAUGGAGUUCUGGGCAAAAAUGGUACACUUUCCAAACUAUCGCCGUUAGAAGCUUCCAAAUUCAACAUUUUGUCAAGAGACUUCAAAGAACUGUCGGAGAGGGCAUUUUCCUUGCAAAGGGCUAUCGAUGUUGUCGCGAUACCAAAUCUUCCAGAUUCCUUCAAAAAGAUUUUACAUUCUCUUUUAGCCAUAAAAACAUCUUUGAAGGUUUUUCUUGAAGGUCAAAGGAAACAAUUUCCCCGUUUUCAUUUCAUUGGUGACGAGGACCUUCUAAAAAUAAUUGGUGCUUCCACGGAUAUUAACGUCAUUUCACAAUAUAUACCCAAAAUGUUUACAAGCAUCAAAUCAUUACAAAUGUCGGACAGUCAUUUAAUUUCUUUUACCUCAAUGGAAGGUGAGGUGAUAAAUUUGAAAAAUCCAGUUAAAGUUGAGCUAGAUAAUCAACUUCACGAAUGGCUGUCCCACUUUGCUCAAGAGGUUCAAUUGACAAUUGAAGGUGGAUUAAAGAGCUGUCUCUCGGAAGUCUCAAAUUGUGAAGCAUUUGACAUGCUGAUAACCAAACAUGCGUUUCAGGUUGUCUUAUUGACUUUUCAAAUAACCAUGACUAGGGAACUUGAUACAGCUAUUCAAACUGUCGAAUUUUUGAAGGCCAAGAAUAUAAUACAGGAGACAGUCAAUGCUUUUGGAGUCGUGUUAAAAUCAGGAUUGAGCGCUUUAAACAGAAGAAAAAUUGAAGCCUUUUACAACGAGAUACUCCAUUUUUGUGACAUCAUUGAGAAGCUAACAAAUGAAGACGAUACCACAAGAAGAAGUCUUUACUGGCACAGAUGCCAAAGGUUUUACUACGAUGCCAAAAUAUUGAAUCCCCUUUCCCGUGUUACGGUUGUACAAUGUGGAUACACCAAUCAAUACGGAUUUGACUACAUUGGUGUCCCUGAAAGACUAGUAUAUACACCGGUAUUAAUGGACUCUUUUGCGUUUCUUACGGGUGCUCACGGGCAAAAAAUGGGUGGCUCUUUUUUUGGGCCUGCCGGGACUGGUAAGACAGAGACAAUAAAAGCAUUAGGACAGAAUCUUGGAAAAGUGGUUAUUGUGUUCAACUGUGAUGAUACGUAUGACUUUAAUACUGUUUCCAGACUCUUGCUUGGGGUUGCACAAAUAGGGGCAUGGGGCUGUUUUGACGAAUUUAAUAGACUGGAACAGAAGGUAUUGAGUUCUUCUGCCGUUAAUUUGGAAAUGAUACAGAAGGGGCUUACUGACUCCUUACCGAAUAUUGAUAUAAUGGGAAUGAGCAGUCCACUACAUCCACAAACUGCAAUUUUCAUUACUCUCAACCCAGAAUACCAAGGUCGUUCAGUGCUUCCUGAAAAUCUGAAAAGAAAAUUUCACGAAUUUUGGAUCGGCGCUCCCGAGCAACGUUAUAUUGCAAGUUCUAUUCUUCAAUUACUAGGUUAUGUUGAUGCAGAAAAGAAUGCAGAUAGGAUAGUAACGCUGUUUGAUUGCCUUAAAAAAAAAUGCAGCCCGCAAAGACAUUACGAUUUUAGUUUGAGAACGCUAAAGAGGGUCCUUAAGAAUUGUUCGAAAUAUAAGGAUGAGAGCUAUAGCAGUGAUGACAUAUUAGUGACAAGUUUGAGUGAGAUAAUCUUGCCCACACUAAACGUCUCAGAUGCAACCUUAUUCCAGGAGUUGAUAAAUGAGAUAUUUGGCUCAUCUAGUAUGCUCAAUGCGGACCAGAAUUUAAUUGAGGUUCUUGAGAGUAUCUGUAAAUCUGAGUUUCUAUUACCAACUAAAAACUUUGUACAAAAGUGCGUUCAACUGUAUGAAAUUACUAAAACUCAGCCUGCAGUUAUAUUAGUUGGGAAGGCUGGGUCGGGGAAAACUGAAACCUGGAAAACUGUUCUAGCCGCAAAAUCAAAAAUUGAACAUAUCCAGAACGUUCCUUAUAUCAUUGACUCAAAGGUUUUGUCUAAGGAGGAGCUCUAUGGCUCUCUCAACCGCGCUACUCUUGAGUGGAAAGAUGGUAUAUUUACUUCUAUUAUUCGGGCGAACCAGAAUAAAAGCGCACUUGAUCCUGAUAACCCGAACGUGUGGAUUGUGCUAGAUAGUGACAUGGAUCCCUCUUACUCAGAAACAAUUAACAGUGUACUUGACGAUAACAAAAUAUUGACUUUGCCCAACGGAGAAAGACUGCCAGUGCCGUCCAAUGUUCGAUUUAUUUUUGAAACAUCAGAGUUAAUUCACGCUACACCAGCAACUAUUACGCGGUGUGGUCUCAUAUGGUUCUCAGAACCAAAUUAUUUACUCUACGACCAUUUCUUGAAUACGCUGGAUAAGCAUUUUUCCGAGUUUCAAGACACAAUCAACAUACCCAUAUCCUUUUUUGAAGACUCAUUCUUCAGGAUUAAAGCUAUUUUGAAUGGCACAAUGUGGGGAAAGAUGAUUGAAAGAUACACUGCAAUCGAAGAGCAUAUCAUGGAAAAUAACCUUGUUGGGAUAGUUUCAGCAAUCGUCACAGCCCUCUCUUCUUUUUUAGUCGACCAUUACAGUACUUUGGCGAAGUUUGAUUUGAAAAGGAGGGAUGAAGUGCUUUCGUUAAAAUUGCAACAAAUCAUAAUCACAUUUUUUGGAGGCGACUGCUAUCGAACUUCCCAGGAUGAAUUUUCUACAUCUAUCAUGGAGAUAUUUCAAACCACGCCAGAGAGAAUAGAUCCUCGCGAGAUCAUCUUGUCAAAACAAAAUUUGGAUGUCCUUCCUUUGUCUUCACUAGUCCCGAAAGUCGAUUUAAAUUCAUGCGAUAUACUGAGACCUGAUAUUAUUAUUCCAACACCCGAUACUGUACGCCAGAAAGACGUAUUUUUCGACUUACUGAAAAGUGGUACUUCUAUAAUUUUGUGCGGGCCGCCUGGUGCUGGGAAGACGAUGAUAGUGAAUGACACGCUGCGAAAUUCGGAUUUUUUCUUUGUUGUUGGAAUGAACUUUUCUAAAGAAACGAGUGUUCGUGAUGUUCUAAGAGUACUUGAAAGAUUCACGGUUUAUAUACCAAAUUCAAUAGGGUAUACCCUCCAACCAAGCUCAAUAUCGAGGGAUUUGGUAUUUUUUUGCGAUGAGAUAAAUUUACCAGCAUUAGACUCAUACGAAUCGCAGCCUGUUAUUCUGUUUUUGAGACAGCUUAUUGAGAAAAAAGGUUUUUGGUUAACCAAUGAUAACAAAUGGGUAAAUCUUGAGCGCAUUCAUGUGAUAGGCGCCUGUAAUCCACCAGGUGACCCUGGGAGAGUUCCUUUGACCCAAAGAAUGACACGUCUGACCUCUGUGAUGUAUUUUGAUUACCCGAAUCAAGCUUCAUUAGAAUGCAUAUACAGUACCUAUUACAAUGCUGUAUUUACAUUGGUUCCUACCCUGAAAGGUUUUGCAAAAGAUUUCAGCAAAGCUUCUAUUCACUUGUACAACGAGUGCAAAAAGACAUUCAGUCCAAAAAAAUAUUCUCACUAUAUAUUGACUCCAAGAGAAUUGACACGAUGGGUUAAGGGGUUUUAUCACGGUAUUUCCAACGGUCCCAUCCAUACUUUAACUACUAUACUUCGACUGUGGGCAUAUGAAUCGUGGAGGAUAUUUGGCGACAAGUUAGUGAGUACUAUCGAAAAGCAAAUGUUUGAGAAGCUGCUUCACAGUACGCUUUCGAUACACUUUCCAGAUUGCCCAGUUGGAAAUAUCGAAUCAGAGGCUUUACUCUUUUCAUCCUGGUUUACGUCUGAAUACACUGAAGUUUCAAAGGAAGAAUUAUGGAGUUUUGUAGCCCAAAGAUUUCAAACAUUUUGCGAAGAAGAGUCCGACGUACCUGUCGUAAUACAUAGUUCCAUGCUGGAUCAUAUUCUUCGGGUGGAUAGGAUUUUACGCAAUUCUCAGGGACACGGUAUGCUAAUCGGGCCACCUAGGACUGGUAAAGCCACUGUCACGAAAUUUGUUGCUUGGAUCAAUGGUUACAAAGCAGUCCAACCUUUGAUGCAUAGAAAGUACACGUUAGGCGAUUUUGAUGAUUUUCUAAGGGAUGUCUUAUUGAAGUGCUGUGUGGGAGAACAAAGGAUUUGUCUGCUAAUUGAUGAAUCAAAUAUAUUGGAAAGCUCGUUUUUAGAAAGAAUGAAUACUUUACUGGCCAAUUCAGAUAUACCAGAUCUAUUCCAAGGGGAUGAAUUUGAGAAGUUGAUGAUGGAGCUUACCAAAAAGAUAAAUUUUCUUGGUCUCCUAAUUGAAACUUAUGAAGAAAAAUACGAAUGGUUUGUCAACUCCAUUUCAAAGAAUUUACAUGUUAUUUUCACGGUGUCUGAUCCGUAUGCUUCGAAUAAACUAUCGUCGCCCGCUUUAUUCAAUCGUUGCGUCAUAAAUUGGAUGGGACCGUGGGACUUAAAGACACGUUUUGCCGUUGGUUCUGGACUAAUCAAACACGUUCCAAUAAACUUCAAAGAACAUAAGCUACCAAAUUCAGACAAGAGUUGGAUACUACCAUCAAAGUGUGCAUCGUUUUACGACGUUCUGCUGAACAUAAUGAUAUCAUUUGAUGAACAAUUUGAUUCUGACAUUGUACAUGUUGGGGGAUCACCGUGUUAUCUGGUUGAUACACUGAAUAUUUUUAAAACUAUUUGUGAGAAAAGAUACCUUUUACUUUUGGAAAAGGGGAGAUUUGUUUCUAUUGGAUUGGAAAAACUAAACGAAUCAGUCCUCAAGGUGAAAGCUCUGAGUAAAAAAUUGGGUGAAAAAAAGGAAGAACUACAGUUAAAGGAAAGUGAGUCUAGGAAAACACUGGAUAUGCUCUUAGAGCAGCAAAAUGAAUCAGAAAGGAAACAGGAUGUGACCGAUGACAUAAAAAAAAUAUUACUUGUGCACGAAAAAGAAACAAGGGAGAGUUAUGAAACAAUAGAACGUGAUCUCCGAGCUAUUGAACCUACUGUUAUUGAUGCGCAAAAUGGUGUGAAGAAUAUAAAAAAACAGCAUUUGACUGAAAUAAGAUCAAUGAAUAACCCUCCUUCCUCCAUAAAAAUAUUAAUGGAAGCAGUAUGUUUGGUUUUGGGUUUCGAUUUUCAUUCCUGGCGUGAAAUUCAGUCUUUCGUCCGUAAAGACAGUUUCAUUUAUGACAUUGUGCACUACGAUGCUGCCACGAUGAUGACUCCUCAGAUUAGAUUAUUCAUUGAGCAGACAUAUUUUUCUCAGGAUAAGUUUACAUAUGAGGUUAUCAAUAGGGCCAGUAAAGCUACUGGUCCCUUAUUCCAAUGGGUUCGUGCACAAGUAAAGUAUGCUAGUGUUUUACAGAGUAUUGGACCUUUGAGAGAAAGUUCGAGAAAGGCUGAGGAAGACAUGAUGCAUGCUCGAGCUAGACUUUUAGCAGCAGAAGAAAUGGUAGAAGAUCUAAAGCAGAAUGUUGAACAGUUAAAAGGUAAGUAUAGCAGCCUUAUCAGAGAUACAGAAUUGAUAAAGUCGGAGUUGGAGAAAGUAGAGGGCGACUUAGGACGAUCGGUGGCAUUAGUUGAGAAACUUGCUUCAGAAAAAUAUAGGUGGAGAGCCAAUACCCAGUUAUUUAAGACAGAAAGAAACCAACUUAUUGGAAAUGCUAUUAUCUCCUCAAUUUACACAACGUACUUCGGACAGAUUGAUGAAAAAAGGAGGCACAAAAUGAUUAAAUACCUAUUUGCUACCAUGAGGGACUGUAAUGUAGAAUAUGAUGCGAACUACAUGUACAGCAAGUACGAUAUUUCACCAGUUGAAAGCGCGAAAUGGAUGGAAUGCGGUUUACCCCACAACGACUUUUACAUUACUAACUUUCACCUUCUUAUAAACUCUGUUACCCAAGUGCCUUAUUUUCUAGAUCCCUCUGGUGAUAUAAUAAAAGUGUUGUCUUCUUUGUUCCAAUCAAAUUUGGUUAUCAUAAGCUUUGUGGAAACUGGUUUUGUCAAACGAUUGGAAAAUGCGGUGAAAUUUGGUGCAUCUGUCUUAAUUAAAGAUGGUGAGUUUUUUGACCCGAUUAUCAGUAAGCUCAUAACUUUCGAGCAUAAGAAAAUCGGUGGGAAAGAAGUUGUGAGAAUAGGUAAUCAUGAUGUUGACGUAUCCCCUGGGUUCAGGCUCUUCAUUCACUCACGGGAUGUCAAUUCCCCGCUACCGCUAUUUUUAAAAACUAGAGUUCGGCUGAUCGAUUUUUCAGCAACAAAAGGUAACAUCGAAGUCCAAGCUGUCCAUACUGCCUUAUUCAAUGAAAAUUCAGAAAUACAAACGAAGCGAGAUAAACUGGUGAAAGUAAAUGACGAGUAUAGAAUAAGACUGAGCCAUUUGGAGAAAUUGCUUUUGCAGGAACUAAAUAGCACCGAGGGGAAUAUCUUGGACAAUACGAAUUUGGUCACUACCUUGGAGAAUAUAAAGAAGGAGUCUGAUGGAAUUAACGCAAAAUUGAAAGAAUCUACAAAUUUUAUGGAAGAGUACAUGCACCUGUUUGAUGAGUAUUCGAUAUUGGGGCACCAUUGCAUCCAGGUUUAUUCAAUUAUAGAAGCGCUUUCAAAGUUUCAUUGGUUUUAUGAAACCCCAAUUUGGCAAUUUAUGGAGUGCUUUGAAGCUGUGUUCCGAACGAAACAGUCGACGAACAGUUCAAGGCCACAACGGAUUUCCCAACUCACCGAGCACUUUUACAAAGAAAUUUAUUCUAGAAUUUCGGUCACCUUUGAUCAAAGAACAAGGAAAGUGUUUGCUAUUGUGCUUUACCUGUCUUAUUGGUUUUCUACUAAUGAUCUACCUAGUAAAGUUUCCCUAAACAGGAUACUGGACAUUCUAAGAACAGGGGAUAUAACAGACAGUGGUGCUGACUUAGGGGAAUAUUUGCUACAAACGAACUCUGAGGAUCUUCAAGAGUUGGCAACAAUGUGGAAGAACGGCAACCUCACAGCUCUGUUUGAUAAAUUCCAAUCAUUUUUUGGGAAUGAGACCAGACUUGAAACAAUGAUGCAAUAUCAUAAGAACCUUGGUUUAAUUAUGGCAAACAAAGAUGAAUUGGAUGGCUCUUCUAAAUUUGAGAAUACUGCACAUAGAACAAAACAAAAACUGACUACGAUACCGCUAGGAUCUGUAGAGAGCACAGAGUAUGCAGAGAAGAUGUUGAAUCAGGGCCAAAAAUCUGGAACCUGUAUUUUAUUGCAGAAUUUGCAAUUUUCGAUGGAUUGGGUGAACUCCUAUCUAGUGACUGAAUGCAGUUCUUUACAAGGCGACAAUGCGGAUAACACCAAGGCUCUUUUCAUGACCUGUAAUUUUUCAAGUCAAGAGUUGCCAGCACCGCUACUGCAGACAUGUUACAAGUAUGUCUUUGAAGAGGAGUCAAAUGUCUUAGAGAUGGUGAAGGAGUACUGGUUCAAUGAGUCGUACACGUCAAAAUCGGAAGCUCACGUUGGCGAGUUUUACUACUACAAGUAUUUCUUAACGUGGUUACACGCCAUUAUCACAGGUAGAAACAAGCUGGCGCCGUUUGGAUUCUCACGGAAAUACGAUAUCACUGACACUGCAUACAACACAUGUCUGAAGUUCCUAGAUAACCUAUUGGAAAGCAUUUCUGAUCGAAACGUUUUCGUUCAGUUAUUACAGUUUUUCGCCGAUACUAUAGUAUAUGGGGGGAAGAUAAGUGACGUACGAGACAGGACCAUUUUGAAGGAUAUAUGUCAGCAGGUAUUCCAUGGCACGCACCACCAGAAUGAUACAUUGGCAGCACACGCCGUCAAAACGGGGGUUACACCGAUAAAGAUACUACAAGGAAUGUCUUUCCCCAAGAUCACCGACAAUUUCAUAAACAAACCGACGAUAGAUGGCAUGCUGGGCGGCAUAGAACUUGCCCCCAAUGCAGCGAGCAGCUGGUUGGGAAUCCCGCAGGAGGAAAUCCAGGAGCACCAGCGGCAGCAGUUGCAACAGGUGCUGAACAUUGCUCUGGAUACGUUCCGAUACACUGCCAUCGUGUAG